AUCACUUCUUUAAUUCUUCCUCGUACAAACGCCUCGAGCCUGAGCAUAAUCAUUUCUUCUCUAUCUUCUCUCUCUCUCAGCCCGCGAAAUGUCGACACCCGAUAAGGGUAUCCGGCUCGGACCUUGUGAAGCGGCUCCGAGAAAUACUCGGGAGAUCCGACCUUGACACGGCCACCGCAGCCAGUGUACGGAGGCAACUGGAGGAAGAGUUUAAAGUAGAGUUGCCAGACCGGAAGUCUUUUAUGAGGGACCAAAUUGAUAUAUGUCUCCAUACUAUAGAGGAAGACAAUAAAGAAGACAAUGUGGAAGAUGAAAACGAUGCCUUUGAAGACAAAGAAAGAUCAACUGAGGUGGAUAAAGAUGUCAAGAAAAGAGGUGGCUUUACCAAGUUGUGUAGUCUUUCUCCAAAGCUUCAGACAUUGGUUGGAGAAUCUGAAUUGGCCAGAACAGAGGUUGUCAAGAAAGUCUGGGGUUGUAUUAAGGACAACCAACUGCAGGAUCCAAAGAAUAAGCAAAACAUAUUAUGUGAUGAAUCUUUACUCGCUCUUUUCCAUGUUAGUUCUAUCAACAUGUUUCAAAUGAAUAAAGCUCUCUCCAAACACAUAUGGCCGUUAGACAAGGAAGAUGCAGCAGCAGACUCCACCAAAAAGAAAUGCGGUGCAAGCAGGAGGCAGAAGGUGCAGAUGAGCCACAUCAGAAGGAAAAACGCCUGAAAAAAGGAGGACUAAAAUCAUAGGAGAGAUUUGUGUGUCAUGUUAAGCUGAAAGAACUUUCUGAGGUUGACUCUUUCUGGUGCUUCUCAAGAGGAAUGCUACUGACUACUCAAUUUUUUCAAGAUGGGAAGCUCAAUGCUUGUGACUAAGUUUUUUCAAUAUGGGAGAGUAAAUUGGUUGUCUGUACAUAAUAUAAGCCCAGUAGAAGUGGGCAAUUUUUCGCUCAAGUUCUACUUCUGCUUUUAGGGUGGUCAAAAUGAGAUGACAAACAUCUAUUGCUUUACCGGUGUAUUCUGCUGCUCAAAAUCAUCUGCUGCCUGUUUUUGGAAACAUUUACCCAGAUUAUGAACCAGUGUCAUAAUUCCUGGUAAGUAAAAUGAUUAUUGUGCCUGCUUUUCCUUGCAUUCUAUCUGUUAAAUGUAGAUGAGAUUUCAUUUGUUGAACAUUUAAGGAAGAAUAAUUUUUUUCACAAUACCAAAAUGGCAUCAUAUGGUCCAGCAAUGGAGUAGCUUUCACAUUGAAUGUUCA